AUGGCAUUCCUUACCUCCUCCCAGAGCACGCUUCCCGAAAAAUUCAAACGCGUCAUCCAGGCGCCUUUCCGGUCACCUAUCCCUGGACGAGAUCGAAUGAACGACUUAGAAAAUGUCGGGGACGGAGUGAUGCGCCCAGACCGAGUGUACGUAUCAAUACUGCGUGACCUGGACCAUGGACUGAAAGAACAGCAGCGAACGCAUUCAGCGGUCAAGGAUAGCAUCGCUGCGCCCGAAAAUCUCAUUGGCAGUCCUCGAUCCAGCAUGUCAGAGGAAGAUAUUGAGUCCAAGCCGCCGCAGACAAAUUGGCGAGUCGGAGGUCCCAAAUUCGUCAACGAACUGGCGGACGAAGAUAUUGCCUGGCGCGAAGGGACUCAGCUGGUCGAUCACCUUGACUCGACGACGUGCCGGGUCGCGCGGGAGAAUAUUGAUACUCUGCUUGUUUUUGCCGGUCUGUUCUCCGGUGUCGCAACUGCUUUCAUCAUCGAGUCCUAUCGCUGGCUGCUGCAAGAACCUGAUGAUAUGUCUGCUGAAUACCUCAGACGGAUUUUGGGCGUCCUCACGAACUCGACUAUUCCAGCCAUCCCCCAGUCCAGCGGCCGACCCUCGUUGCCGGAUGACAUCGUAGCCCUCAUCAACGGCCUAUGGUUCAGUAGCUUGACGCUGAGUCUGUCUUCUGCCCUGCUCGGUAUCGUCUCCAAGCAGUGGCUUCACGAAUAUCUUCGUGACGCCGGCCGCUCGCAGAUGACCAAUCUUGCCGUUCGCCAAGUCAAGUAUCAGGGAUUCACGCGCUGGUCUGUCGAAUUCAUCAUCACUUUAAUCCCCCUUCUCCUGCAAGGCGCGCUCUUCGUAUUCUUGACCGGCGUCGUAUAUCUCCUCUGGCACAUCCAGCCAGUCAUUGCCGCUGUCGUCAGCGCCUUGGCUCUCUUCAUCGUGAUCUUCUUCAUCGUCACGACCGUCCUCCCGGCCUUGCAAUUCAUGCUGGGUUGGGCGGGUCAUUUGCGCAUGCACACUACAAACCAGUUUCCCUUCAAAUCAGCUCAAGCGUUGAUAUUCCUUCGCAUAUCUAUCUUCAUCGCCAACUCUCUCGCUUGGAUCCAUCACUACUUCAUAUCCAUGAAGGGCUUUCACUUUGGCUACACGUCAUUCCAUGCGCCCUUCCCAAGCUACUCGGCGUGGCCUCAGCUUGAUCUCGAUUGGACCCGCCUUCGGGACCAAAGUGCGCGACAGAACGACGAGCCAACAUCGAUUGGCUUGUUCGUUGGCUACAUGGAGCUCAACUUCGAGCAUCGCCUUUUGCGCGAUUGGAUAUGGGGAUGCCUCUGGAGCUUACGGGAUUACGCCGCCGACGCCAAAUACGUCCUGCAAUGCAUCAGACGCAAGCCAGAUAUCAAAAGUGAUUUCCCAUCCGUAGAGGACCACCUGGCAAAGGAGGUUAUCCCUCUUCUCUCGGGUCGUUUGGCUUCUCAAGCAACAUCCGAGCUGGUGAUGCUCUCUCUGCUCGGUUCUGCAAACAAAGGUCCCCACGGCGAAGCUCGUAUUGAACAUCUUAUUCGCCUAUUUAACAGCCUUAUAUAUCGCGAUGCGGGGAGGGUCCCCAUGAGUGUUUACGACACCCUGCAAGCCACGCUCCAGGAGACGGUCCACGAGCCACUCGGCUCCGGUAAGCACAUCUUCUCAGCGAGCAUCUUGCGAAAAAGCCAACACGCAGAAGAUCUCUUCGACAGUCCUUUCCUCGAUCUUGUCACCGUCAUCGUAACAUGCCUCAGUGGCGGCGAAGUUCCUGAGGAUUCAGACGUCUGGAUCAUGAACCGCGACUUGAGCUUGGACCUCUGUUCCGACGUGACAGAAUGGCUCGAGCGGUAUCCUGAUCCUAGCAGUAAUUGGGAGGACUAUAAGGCUCGCGUCAUCUGGUCAGCGCACAUCACUGUGCUGCUCGCCCGUAUACUCGCCGGGUUCAAGAAUAUAGAGCCGGCUAAUUUGCAGAAGACCCACCGACGCUUUCCAGCUAUUUUUGAGCUGAGUCGGCUCGUGUACGAGAGGGCACUUUCCAUACCAGUGGAUGUUCUACCCACAUGGGUCCCAGACAAGUCCGACAUGGAGGAGUUCGCACGCGUGAAGGUGGCUAUCGAAGAAGUCGCGCAGAGGGGUCCGGACAUAGCGAUCAUUGUUCAAGCGAAGCAUACGACGAAUGGUCCUACACGGCACGGCGUUCAUUGGGAUGAUCAGAACGGAUCUGCUCCGGCAGAAACUUCCUCCCAGAUCAACGACAUGGAUACGCCGGAUACCAAUCCGGUGGCUAGCGGAGCUGAGGGUGGAUCCAUGUCACCGGAGAGCGCGCUAACAGAGCGGAGUGCGUCGGCGCCUGCGUCCUAGGAGUCUCAAUGGAGAGGGAGAGGAAACGAGAACGAGUUAAAGAACUCAGAAGGAAUGGUUGAAGGGGAUGCACAUUGAUCUGGCUAAAGAGGAGCGACCUGCAGACGCUACACUUAAAUAUUGUUAUGUUCCAAAACCUAAAUAUGGUAACUAAUCCUCGUCGGAAUUUGCCGAGGCAC